ACACCCACUUCUCUCCUUUCCCAACGAUACGAUACUCCGAUCGGACAGCAAGAGUCGCAACUGCACCGUGCCUAGAUCUUGUCUGCAUCGAGGUUGUGAACUCGGUUCUCUCCCACCUCAAGCAUGACUCAAUAGUCGAUAGGCAGCGACCGCGUGCGACAUGAGAAAACUUCACGACUGGCAGCUUGGGGGUGUCUUUCGAUCCGUCACAACGGCGGAUCGCCCCUUUUCUUAUUCCUGAAUUACUUUACCUGGCGUAGCUAGACGGCCAUGGCGCCACCACAGGGACUGACAUCGUAUAAAAAACAGUCUGGAUUGCUGGCUAUAUCGAAGGAUCGUAAAUCAGUAUCAUGGACGCCAGCCCAACCGCCAGACUCCGCCCCGAGCCUGGUAAUAUCCGCGGGAAACAUUACCAACCUUCAACAAACGCCGGAAUCCAAUCCUAAAGUCAUGUUAAAGGUCUUCGUCCAAGAUCCAGGACAGUCAGACCCGGUCGCUCAUGUCUUCACAUUCACAUCCAAAGGUGACCCCAGAGGUGAAGCCAAUGCGAUCAAGGAUGCUUUGGCGAACGUGAUCCAGGCGCAGAAAGCCGCGCAAAAUGCCACGGCCGCCUCGGGCGGACAAUCUGCCGCCAUGACUAUCGCCAACACAGUCUCGGGUGCUGGUCGAGGCAGCACUCUCUGGGAAGACGAUGAGAGAUUGAAAACCGAUGUCAGACUCCAGCAGUCGCUCAUGCAAGAAGAUCACGCCCUCCAAAGGACGUUCAUAGAGGCACUCAGUCUCAAGCCCGAGUCGAUUUCGACAACUCAAUUCACAGCACAGUUCUGGUCAUCCCGAGUCCACCUCCUCCGCGCGCAUGCAAUCGCCCAAAAUCAAGGACGUGGAAAGUACAAUGUCUUUUCGGAACUACGGCGCGAGGACGGCGGCACGAAGCUGUCCCUGACGCAAGACCACGUACGGGCCAUUUUCGAGCAGUAUCCAGUGAUGCGCAUGAUCUACGAUGAAGUUGUGCCGCAAAAGUGCAAAUCGGAAGUCGAGUUCUGGUCUCGCUUCUUUCAGAGUCAGUUGUAUAUGAAGCUUCGGGGACUCAAAUUUGAUCCAGCAAAGGAAUCCAGGGACAAGUAUCUCGACACCGAGGAGUACCUGAAUCAUCCCGAGUUGACUGGCUUGCGGGCGACGAGUGCGGAGAUGCAUAUUCCUAAAUUUAUCGAUCUCGAGGGCAACGAGGAGAACCAUAGUCAGCGUCAAGGCAACCGCCCCGAUAACGAAUUGCGUGCCACGGCGCUGGACAAGGCCCCUAUCAUACGGAGAUUGAAUGCCCUGAGUGAGAAGCUCAUGGCCACGGUGCGGCCAAACGAUGUCGACGCCUCUGCGCCGAUUGGCAUGACGGAAACGACGUAUGAACAACUUCGACUGCGCGAUCUCAGUGGUGACCCGGAGCAGGAGCGGAUCAUCUUGAACAUCCGCGACCAAAGCCGUUUCUUUGCAGACAAGGACCCCGAAAAGACCGUGAUGAAUGGCGUGAGCUCAAACCCAUUCCGGAAAAUCGAUCCUGCCAAGGCAAUUCAGGAAAUCUGCGGCGAUUUGGCCACUCAUUUCCCCAGGCCCGGAGAUGGUGUCGUUCCUAUUGAACCGUUCGAGGACGAAGACGAGGACAUGGACGACGAUGCAUCAUCAAAGGCGGAGAGUGGAUCAGCUCUCGCGUCAAAGCACAUCAUGUCUCUCAUCCAAGCGCACCGAGACCAGACGAGCGAAGUCGACCAGGCCAGUGGGUUGAGCACGGCGAUCCACGAUCGACUGACGCUGACGCAAGCCACGACGAUCGAAUUUCUUCGACAAUUUUGGAACGCCUUUUUGUCCGGUGACCCGGGUCGUGCGAGCGAAAUCGCCAGUCUCGUGGAGAGUCUCAACCGCGCUCUGGACAGGAUCAAUGUGAUUGCCGACGACGCGGAAAGGGAGAAAAAGGACCACGUGCGGGCGCAAGAGAAGGCCUUGGAAGAGCGGUUUCGAAAGACUGGCAGACGGCAUAGAUUGGACCACGCGGCGAUCAAGGGCGGUGGGGCCGUGGUCAAGCAGUUGCUCGGUCCGAUCAUCAAGAGCUUGGCAAACGCCGUCCAGAGGUAUAGACAGGCGUUUGAAGAGCAGACGAGGGGGUCGGGAAAUGGUUGAAAGACGACUACUUGAUCCGAAGGGACGUCAAAGUCAAUUUGCCCCCCUGAUAUAUCGGCCCAUGUUAUCUUCUGCGAUAGACCUUCGCGCAGAGGGUCACCGACGCCAGAGCAGCUCCUUCAAAAGACUCGAGGAAAGGAAAAAGCGGUUGACUGGACAGUGGAUUAUCCUUGACAUAGAAAUCGGACGACUGGCAGUGAACGAAGAGAAGAUUAGGGGGCUCAUCGGGGAUCAACACAGUAUUCUGUGAUGGAUAUAUAUGUCGCUUAGCUCGAGCAGCAAGAUGCAGGGCUUUGCUCCCGAGGUACGGGGUAUCGAGAAGGUCAUAUCGCAAGCGAUUGAGGUCUAAUGCCGUUCCGAAGACAGAGAGAGCUCUUGGAUAUCAUCGUAUCACUGGGACGGGGAUUUUUGGCAUCUCUGCACGAAAGAAGGUUCGUCUUGGUAUGGGGGAGAUCUACAGAGGAAAACACCUCCUCCAUCCUUGGAGGCGUCUAUUCUUUGUACCUUUGUGGCAACUCGGUGGAAUCAGUUGCGCAGGUUCCCAUGGUCCGUGUGUGUGAGACAACAUUAGACAGAUCUUGGGGGAGUUUUUUGAUUUUUUUACGACAGAGAUGGAUAGAUGGAUUCAAUGGUCAACUCGGCUCCGUACCUAGGGGUUCAUUAAAUGGUAAUACUAAAUGUAUCUUAUGCG